GCCGUCUCCACGCUGCAAGAUACUUGUGUAACCCCCCCUUGCCUUUUGAAGCCUUACCUGCUGGCCAGCCCGGCACUUACACACAGGACGGGGGAAGAGACUGGGGAGACUGGGACUGGAUGAACGCAACUCCCGAGUGAAGGUGGAGAUGCCUUACUAAGAAACCUCGCUCCUGGCUCUUCUUUCACCCCCUUCCAGAGUCCUCCUUACUCUCUCCUCUCAGUUCGGCCAACGUCCGAUGUCUACUCUGAACGGUGAACCCCCCCAAUUCCCCCACCCGCCUGCACAAGAUCUCCUCCUCCUCCUCCCGCGCGAUCGACCGCCGAACGACGAAAUCGUGGGGUUGAACCACGAACCGAGCCCCCCCCUCUCAAAAGUCUGGAGACAACGUGAGCGAGCCUGUCUGUCUGUAUCCGUCUUACCCCGGAGAGUGAUUGCGGUCCCUCCCCCCCUCUCCCUCUCUCUCACCCCUCCCCCCGCGAAGCUUGAGCGACGGUUUUCCGUACGGGCGAGGGAAGAAGAAUAAGAAGAAGACUGAGGACGGCCGACGGGCGAGAGAAGACAAGCUCGGGGCGACGGGUUGCGUGUGGUGUGACUCUUGUCAGAGAUUGCGUGUCGCAAAAUAAGGGGGCCCGACAACGGGAAGAAAAGGAAAAAAAAAACUUUUUUCGAAAUUCCCAACUCUGCGCCCGCAACCAACGGAGGAAAGGCAACUCACCUUGACGACCGCAAAAUGGUCCAUCUCAACCCCUACUACCUACUGACAAUCAUUGUUAUCUCGUGCGGGUCUAUCCCCAAGGGUUACGAUGAAGGCGGCUUUAGCGCGUCGACGGGCCUGAACUCCUUCAAGCGGGACUUCGGCCUCCUCCCGAGCGACUGGGAGGGCAACCCGUCCGGCCUAGCGGACCGCAAGGCCAACAUCUCGUCGUUCGGCGUCCUCGGCGCCGCCUUCGGCUCCCUCCUCGCCCUCGCCGUCAACGACCGGCUCGGCCGGCUGAGGGCCUGGCAGCUGUUCAUCGCCGUGUGGAUGGCGGGCGCCCUCAUGCAGGUCUUCGCGUCCGGCAUCCUCGGCCUGAUGCUCUUCGCCCGCAUCUGGGGCGGCAUCGGCGCCGGCGGCCUCACCGUCGUCGCCCCUCUGUACCUGUCCGAGAUCGCCCCGGCCAAGUCGCGCGGCAUGGUCGUCAGCAUCUACAUGGUUGUCCUGCUGUCGUUCCUGACCAUAGGCUUCUUCAUCAACUACGCCGCCAACGCAACGCUGGCCGCAACGAGGAUGCAGUACCGCCUCGUCAUCGCCAUCCCGCUCAUCCCCGUCGGCCUGGCCUUCGUCGCGUCCUUCUUCCUCGACGACACCCCGCGCUGGCUCGCGUCCCGGGACCGCGGCGACGAGGCCCUCGCCGUCCUGGCGAAGCUCCGGCACGCCGACCCGGGCGACCAGGCCCUCGCGCUCGAGUACGACGAGAUUCACGAGCAGAUCCGCAACCGGCAGCAGAUCCUCGCCGACGCGUCCACCUGGUCCAUCGUCAAGGACAUCGCCACCAUCCCCACCUACCGCACGCGGUUCCUCCUCGGCGCCGCCAUGCAGACCAUCGCGCAGUGGUCCGGCGGUAACGGCAUCACGUACUACAUCCCCGAGAUCUUCCGGUACGCCGGCGUCGUCGGCGACAACACGUCGCUCAUCACGAGCGGCGCGUACGGUGCCGUCAAGCUCGUCUUCACCAUGGUCUUCACCUGGGGCCUCGUCGACGUCUUUGGCCGCCGGCGGUGCUUCAUCGCCGGCCUGUUCCUGCAGUGCGUCACCCACGUGUACAUGGCCGUGUACAUGGCCGUGUGGAUCGACGGCGGCAACAAGCCGGCGUCCGACGCCGCCAUCGCCUCCGUCUUCGUCUACGCCGUCGGCUGGUCCAUCGGCCUGUGCACCGUGCAGUACCUGUACGGCACCGAGAUCUACCCGACGCGCAUCCGUAGCGUCUGCUACGCGACCAACAUGACGCUGCACUGGUUCUUCCAGUUCGCCGUCGUGCGCGUGACGCCCAACAUGUUCGUCAGCCUCGACAUCUGGGGCGCCUACGUCUUCUGGGCGUGCAUCUGCGCCGGCGGGCUCGUCCUCCUCGGCCUCUGGGCGCCCGAGACCAAGGGCAUCCCGAUGGAGAGGAUGGAGGAGCUGUUCAGCGGCCGCUGGUGGAUGGGAUGGAGGGCGAGCGUGGACCUGGACUUGAGCGAGACGAAGCCCUUUGGGAAGGGCGACUCGACGGGGAAGGACUCAAAAGAAGGACCGUUCACGCAGGAUCGCAAGACGGAGGCUUGAUUGUUUUUUGGUUGUUACUACCCAUUAUGAGCGGUUUUUUUUCUUUUUCAUAUUCGAUCAAAC